CACCUUUCCCUCGUGCUCAUCUGCGGGUCAUGUCACGUCCUAUUAUUUCUACGUCUUCCAUGCCUCACCUCAACAUCUGCAGCUCAAGUUGAGCUGCUCAACCAUCAAGCUUUUACGAAACUGCACUAUGUUUUGACAGCUAAUUUCCAUACGAUGUGUAAAAAUACACGAACCAGUAAAUUAAUAAUCAUUGAUUAGUUCAUGUUAUUAAAAAGUCGUUAUAUGACCUUGGUCAUUCCCAUUACAUAUACGACAUACGACUACUAUACAGCUACUCGGGCCAUGAAAUGAGCAUAUAUUUCUGCUGCCACACAGCCAGUGCCGUUGUAUGUAAGGACUGUAGAACAAGUUUUGCAUCAUGUGUUGUAUGUGUGCUAAAACGACUAGACAAAAAAUAAUAAUCUGCAAGUCAUACAUUUGACUGGGUAUAUCUGCUGAAUUCUGACUCAUCGUCACCUGUCGGACAUUUUUAAGUCGACAACGCUUUGUAACAUGUUGCAUCAGAGUCAGUCACAUCAGGUUAGUAUUGACCAUCAACAACUAGGAGACUUGUCUAUUUACCUAUUCACCGCUGCAACUACCUACAACCGCUCAAGUGGUCUACUCGAAUGAUAGGACCGUGUUAUCAGUAAUCACAAACAAUUAUUAUCAAACCAUAUAAAGGAGAUUAAUUGGUCGUGGUGGUGAUGUCUUCGAUUUCAUCAUCAUCAUCGUUAUUGUCACCCGUUGACGAGCAUAACGGCACGCGACCUCAGAAGCAGGAGGGGACCACCAGCGUACACCCAGCCGACGAGACAUUGAAGUUAGGCGUAGAAGAAAUGCCAAUGCCGAUGGACUCUCAAGAAGCCCUCCAAGGCUUCGUCGAAGUGUGUGACAACACGAACGAGGACGCCAUCAACGUGGCAAUGAAAGAGGCCAACGCUAACACCACGCCCAGCAGUAGCAGUCCAGGGGGCGAGGACGGGGUCGUGAGAGAAGGGUGGUAUAAGCGCUAUUGUCGAUGGGUGCCCACAUCUUCCGUCCUUCUUGAACAAGCGGAAAAAAGAGUAUUGUCCUACGUGAAGACGGUAUAUGAGGGCCGUCGGGUUGACAUUGGUGCUGGGGAGAAAAGGUGCAAGUGGUCCUUGUGGGGCAAGCCGGAAGAUCGAAAGGUUUGGACACUGGUUUUCAACAAGACGGCGGAAAAAACGCCGAUCGUGAUCAUUCAUGGGCUGUGUGCCUCCGCGGGUCUCUGGUCCCUCAACAUUGACGCUUUGGCUGAAGGGAGGCCCCUCUACGCCAUCGAUCUAAUCGGAUUUGGUCGGAGCUCAAGGCCCAGAUUUUCUACGGAUGCUAUGGAGGCUGAGCAACAGCACGUGGAGGCGAUUGAGGCAUGGAGGAAGGAAAUGAACUUGGACCGAUUCGUCCUCCUGGGCCACAGCAUGGGAGGCUUCAUCUCUGCCUCUUACGCCCUCAAAUACCCGGAACGCGUUGCACAUUUAGUUUUGGCUGAUCCAUGGGGAUUCCCAGCAAAGCCGGACAACAUGGAAAGCAUCCUGCCUGCGAAGAAAUCAAUCGGGGUCAGGGUGGCAACCACCAUCGGGCCUUAUAUUAAUCCCCUAGGCCUUGUCCGUGCGGCAGGUCCCAUGGGUCCUGGCCUGAUUGCUAAAGUCCGACCUGACCUGGUUUCCAAGUUCCAAGCCUUGAAUCAAGACGGAGUAGCCAAUAUUGCAGAGUACAUUUAUCAUUGCAACGCGCAGAAUCCGACAGGGGAGGAAGCAUUUCGAACGAUGAUGAACCUCUUCGGCUGGGCUAAGAACCCAAUGUGUAACAGGAUCCAUGAGUUGAACUCUGCUAUGCCUAUGACCCUAAUGUAUGGCGACAAUACUUGGCUCCCGCAAAUCCCAGAAGAUGAUGUAAAGCAGAUGCGACCCGGAGAAACUCACACGGAAGUUCACAUUGUCCCUCACGCCGGCCACCACCUAUAUGCUGACAAUCAGAAUGUUUUCAACUCCAUUGUGAAUAAGGCGGCUUCAAUUGCGGACAAGUUGUUUCACCCUCACAGAUUUCCAGUAGAAUCAAAUUCUAAAAUAAUGAAUUAAGUUGUUGUGUGACAAUUUCUGUAAGAAAUUAUUCUGAAAUUUUAUCAACAUUUGGGACCGUUAUAAAACUUCACUCAAAAUCGUUAAUAAAUACACAAUUCUUCAAUUAAGUUCUAACGCAAAA